AUGGCUCGCCGUUCACAGUUCUUUAUGGAAUGCUCAGUCGAACACUGGUCAGACUUGGCCAUGUUUAUCUCGUACUCAGUAAAAAAUAAUCCUUCUGAGCCACCAGAGAAGCAUCUGAAGUUGUAUCAGUCUUCUCUUCGUGCAAUAUUGAAAGAUUCAGCUUCGCCUGUGGAGCAAAAGGAUAUCGCUGAGAAGCUGGUCGUUGAAGUGAAGGUGAAAGGACAGCCUCAAAGCACCAUCGUUAGGUCUACAGACCAUCUGAGCAAACUGCAUGUUAAUAUUUAUGACUUUGUCUACGCUCGUCUGUCUCAAAAGGAACAGCUGUCAAGAGUGGUCGAGCUUGAUGUAUGUGUUGCACUUUCCGGAAUUAUAAACGCAAGAAUGCAGGAUCCUCAGAUUUACUUUGAUAUAGGCCUAUUGAACGAGAUUCGAGAGAAAUGCGUACAACUAGAUUUCUCCGAUCCCAGUAAAAUUGAUGGACUAGAAGAGGCAAUGGAGGAGCUAAAAAAAGCAGCUGAAGUGACUGAAGAAGAUGGAGUUAUAAAUUUAAAUCGACUUUCAGAUAAGAUGAAUGAGUUGAUGGUAGUGAAGACUGAGAUCCAUGGUGGGAUCCGCAAGGCAAUUUUUUCUGCAGUUUAUUACCUGGCGUUGAGAAAGCCGAGCUCGUCGAUGUCAGAAUCCAAGGUUGUUUCCAUUUGGGAGUUUGUUCUAAGUUGUUUCACUGGCCAUAACCUGAAUUUUGAAAGUGGGGAGCUUGUUAGCAAAGCAUCCAGAUACCAGAGCGAGAUCCUCGGAGAAGAACUGAACACGGAAACCACCACCUCAGUUUACGGGAAGAAGGUCGAUCUACAGUUACGAAUUGAAGAUGAUUUAGAACUGAACAAUAGUGAGUUCAAGAAGUGCUCCACUUCUCAACAGAAGCUUGAUUGCCAGUUCAGAAAAAAUUUAUUGAUCAACCAUUCCAUGAUGCUGCAUUUGGAGGACAAGAUUGGAUGGUCCUGGGAAGAUUCGCAUUUAUUAGCAAUGGAUGUUCAUGUGACAGACCAUGCCCUCGUGUUGCCCCACUGCAACACGUCAUGGAGCGAGUUCCUUUUGGGCAAAGGCGAGACGAUUGCUGCAUUAUGGAAUUACUCGAAUGAACUGGACAAACCGCUUGGUGCGCCUUUAUCAAGUGCUUGUCCAUCAUCAGAGGCAGGCCCAUCCUCAGAAGCAGAGACAGAUCCAUCAUCAGAGGCAGGCCUAUCCUCAGAAGCAGAGACAGAUCCAUCGUUAGAGGCAGAUCCAUCGUUAGAAGCGGGCCCUGCAAAGAUUGGAAACAAUCAAGGUGCAAAGUCAUUAGCGGAGGAAAGCUUUCCAUCAAAUCCUGACAAAAAAGUCCACUUUCUAGAGCAAGAGCUUCCAUCCCUAGUAGAUUCAGAAACAGAUGAACGCUGGUCGAGUAGAUCUCUCCUUACGGUGCGAAAGAAAGAACUCCGAUUCUUUUCACAAGCCAUCGUGAAACAGUACAAGAGAAUGUUGGACCCUGAGGCGGAAGAGGGAGACCGAAAAAGGGCGAGGCAGACGCUCAAUGACCUGGAAACACGAGAAGCAUUGUUGGUUGUUGCUACAGUAUAUAGUCCUGAGCCUAUAAAAGACUUGUAA